UGCAGUCCGGUGCUCCUCCGGUGGAUACCGAGCACACCGAACACACCGAGCACACCGACACCAGCAGGCUGGGAAACGACACGCUAACACGGAAGAGAAAGCAGCGCGUGAGGGUUCAGACAGACAGCGGGAGGAAGGGCUGUGACUGGACAGCGACCAUGGUGGGUGAACGCCGCAACGGGAACCUGCUGGUCCAGCUGGGCCCGAGGCUGCAGGCGUAUCCCGAGGAGCUGAUCCGCCAGCGCCGAACCCACGACGGCCAGACGGAGUACCUGAUUCGCUGGUGCCUCAUCACCCUCGACGACGGCACCAGCUCCGGCAGCAACGGCGGCGAGGCCAGCGGGACGGGCGGCGGCGGCUCCGGCGGCGGCAGCUCCGGCGGCUCCACGUCCGGAGACAUCAAACCGGAGAACAUCCUGAUGUGGAUGUCUACGGAGGACGUCUACGCCAACUGCCCCACCCUGCUGGGCAAGAGGAAAACAGACUCGCAGCGCCCCCUGCAGCCUCAGGAGGAGCAGCGCGGCGGCGAGGAGGCGGCGGACGGAGAGUUCCCCUCCGACGUCACCUUCGACGAGGUGGAGCUGUCGGACAUGAAGGAGGACGUGAAGAACCUGGUGCGCCGCGCCCGCAAGCAGAUGGCGAAGAAGAGCGACUUCUCCAUCAGCAUCACGCACACCAUCCACGUGCUGAGCGCCUACGCCAGCAUCGGCUCGCUGGUCGGCGUGUUUAAGGAGACGGGAGCGCUCAACCUGCUGAUGGAGCUGCUCUGCAACAAGGAGACGCAGACCAGGCGCAGCGCCGGGAAGAUGCUGCGAGCGCUGGCGUCACACGAUGCAGGGAGCAGGGCCUACGUGCUCCUCUCUCUCAGCCAGCAGGACGGCAUCGAGCAGCACAUGGAUUUUGACAAUCGUUACACGUUGUUGGAGCUUUUUGCAGAGACGACGUCAUCAGAGGAGCACGGCAUCUCGUUCGAAGGCAUCCACCUGCCCCAGAUCCCGGGGAAGCUGCUCUUCUCUCUGGUGAAGCGGUAUCUGUGCGUAACGUCUCUGAUGGACAAGCUGAACACGGCGGGGGCGGAGCCUAUCUCUGACAGACAGGACGCCAGCCCCUCCCCCGCCUCCUGCUCCUCCUCCCACCGCACGCAGCGCGAGUUCGACUUCACCAUGGCGAUGGCCAACCUGAUCUCCGAGCUGGUCCGUGUGAUGGGCUGGGACCGGAACCGGCAGCCUCCCGACGGCUCGGCGCCGCUCUGUGGAGGCGGGUCGGCCUGCGGUAAGGAGGCGAGCGAGGAGGCGUCGCGUCCCGUCCUCAGGUCCAUCUUCCAGCCUCGGUUCUGCGCCUCGCCCGUCGCCCUCACCGCCACCGUGGCCGCCUCGCCCGUCGCCACGCCGCCAAAGAAGAAGACGGGAAACGGGUUCAAGACGCGGUCGGACUUCGCCAGCCGCUCGGCCUACGUUGAGUACGUCCAGGACAACCUGAAGAGCGGCAUGAUGGUCCGAAUGCUGGAGGACUACGAGGAGGUCAGCGCCGGGGACGAAGGCGUCUUCAGAUACAGCAACGACGGCUCGCCGCCUGUUCAGGUGUACUGGAACUCCCUGUCCAGGACUUACUGGGUCCACUGGCACAUGGUAGAGAUCCUGGACAGCGGCAGCAGCAGUCAGAGUGAGAAGGAGACGCAGGAGAAAGCUUCUUCUUUGACGGAGACCAUCAAACUCACUGCAGUGAGUCAGACGUUCUUCUCGAAGCCUCCCGGAGGUCUGUACUCUCUGCCGUACCUGUCUGAGGGUCUGCACAUGGAGCCGCUGGCGCUGACCCGGGCUGAGUGGUGGGAGAUCCUGUUCUUCAUCAAGAAGCUGGAACCCAAACAGCAGCAGGAGGUUAACGGCAUGCUGCUGCAGAGCCUCGAAGACCAGGACGGGGAUCUGGACGACCCAGCUCUCAUCAGCCUCUCGGUUCACGGCGACACAGCGAAGAAGCUUCUUCACUACCUGAAGCAGAAGCUUCCUUCUUCCUGCCUCAGUGAUCUGCUCUGUUCUCACUGCUUCAGCAAGUACUACCUGAGGAGAGGAGGAGGAGGGAGCCUGGAGGAUGAAGAGCUGCUGGCUGAAGGCUCUCUGGGUUCCUCUGGUCUGGCAGGAGGAGGAAGUGGAGGAAGUGGAGGAGGAGGACAGAACGCCCCCUCUUCAUCCUCCACCUCGGCCUCCUCUUCCUCUGCGAUGGGCUCCGUCUCUAAAAAAGCCAAGAAGGAACUUCCUGUGGACUCUGGCUGCGGCGGCUCGGAGACGGAGAGCGAGCUGCCGACCGAGGACGAGAGCAAAUAUCCUGAAGACCUGGAAGACAAGAUGAAAGUGUUUAACAACCCUCGGGUUCAGGGGAAGAAGACGGUUCUGGAGAAGCUGGGUGAGGUAGUAGACAUCCUGAAGAAAGGAGGUUCUGUGUCUGAUCAGGCUCAGCAGCUGGCAGCGGUUCUGUUCAUCAGCAGACUGCUGGAGGAGAAAGCAGCUCAGGAGAAGAACUCCAUGAGGAGCGACUCGGCCCAGACUAUACGAGACAAGGUGCUGAAGCUGCUGGUGGAGCUGCUGAGCUCGUCCUGCAGAGACGUGGUGAUCAGCUCUCUGAGGCUCACUCACCUCCUCAUGGUCAAAUACGAGUGGAGGGUUUCCUUCGCCACCGAGGGCGGAGUCAAAGCCAUCCUGUCCUGCAUGCAGGAGUUCUCCUCCGUCACACACGUGCAGCAGCUCGCACUCGCGACCCUGAAGGUGAUAACCGGAGCCAGUAAACAUGACCUCCGCAGCGUCGGCAGCAGUCUUCCUCUCUCUGAAUCCGGCACUCAGAUGAUGUUGGAGAUCUUCGCCAGCAUCGGCUCGGCGACGCCGGAAGGAUCCAAAGGUCUGCUGGGAGCCGUUCCCACCGCCAUCGACCUGAUGCUGAAGACCAAGAGCUCCAUGCUCUCGGUGCGUAACGGUCUGCUGGUCAUCAUCAUGCUGAUCUCCAACCAUAAGAGCCUGGCGGAGCAGCUGGUUGCGUGUGACGUCACCACCGUCCUGAAGAAGUGUUUGUCUCUGUCCGGAGCCGAGACCAUGCUGGCCAUCAUCGCCCUCAACCACAUCUCCAUGGUGCACAAGCUGGAGCGCAAAGAGAGUCCGGAUCAGCUGGACUUUAAGGACACGGAGCUGCAGAUGUUGGUCGUGAGUCUGAAGGAACUGACGGCGACUAAAGAAGUGAUUCAGACUCUGGAGCAGCUGCUGUGUGACCUGCUGUGUGACGAUACCUCACAGCUGGAGGAGGAACGCAACCAGGUGACUCACAGUCGGGACACGUACCAGGAUCUGGUCCGUCUGAUGGAGCAGCACCGAGCCGACCGGGCCGUCCAGCUGUCCAUCCUCAGGAUCUUGAAUAAGUUCCUGGAUAAUUAUCAGGAGGACGUGCUGCCGUGGCACGAGAGCAUCGAGCCGUGUCUGUCCUCCAUGACGGCGUUCAUCAACGACAGAGAGGUGGUCCAGCUGUUCAUCCGGUUCAUGUACCGGCUGGCGUCGCUGAACAAGGACUACACGGUGGUGAUGUGCCGGCUGGGAACCAAAGAGGCUCUGGUCAAAGCUCUGGAUAAACACAGCACCAACCUGCUGCUGGUCACCGAGCUCAGAGACCUCAUCACCGACUGUGAGAAGUACGCCAGCCUCUACAAGAAGAUGACCACCAGCGUGCUGGCCGGCUGCAUCCAGAUGGUGCUCGGUCAGAUCGAGGAGCAUCGCCGAAGCCAUCAGCCAAUCAACAUCCCCUUCUUCGACGUCUUCCUCAGGAACCUCUGCCAAGGGUCCAGUGUGGAGCUGAAGGAGGAUAAGUGCUGGGAGAAGGUCGAGGUUUCGUCCAAUCACCAUCGAGCAAACAAACUGACGGAUAAAAACCCAAAAACGUACUGGGAGUCCAACGGCUGCACUGGUUCCCACUUCAUCAACAUCUACAUGCACAAAGGGGUCGUCAUCAGACAGCUGGCCAUCCUGGUAGCCAGUGAGGACUCCAGCUACAUGCCGGCUCGUAUUCUGGUUCUGGGCGGAGACGAUCCGAUCAACAUCAACACAGAGCUGAACACGGUGAAUGUGACUCCCUCAGCCAGUCGGGUGGUUCUGCUGGAGAACAUGACGAGGUUCUGGUCCAUCAUCCAGAUCAGAGUGAAGAGGUGUCAGCAGGGCGGUAUCGAUACGAGGGUUCACGGGUUCGAGGUUCUGGGUCCGAAGCCGACGUUCUGGCCGGUGUUUAAGGAGCAGCUGUGCUGUCGGACCUACCUGUUCUACAGCACCAAGGCUCACACCUGGUGUCAGGAGGUGAUGGAGGACAAGACGCAGCUGCUGCAGCUCUUCAACAAACUGAACAGCGCUCUGAGACAUGAGCAGAUGUUUGCAGAUCGUUUCCUGCCGGACGCCGAAGCUGCUGAAGCUCUGGGUCGAACCUGCUGGGAGGCUCUGAUCACACCUAUAGUCCACAGCAUCACACUGUCAGAAUCCUCAGCGUCCAGCCCGCUCUCCUGGCUGCUGAGUGAGUAUCUGGAUAACGCAGAGACGGCUCGCCGCUGUAAGAGCCGAGCGGCCAUCUUUAACUCCAGAGUCAGACGCCUCACUCACCUGCUGGUCCACGUUGAUACGAGCAGAACCGACGGAGAGGAGCUGAAGCCACCCGUCAAAUCAAAAGGUCUCAACCGAAGCAAAGAGCUGAAGAACGGGAAAGAAGGCAAAAACAAAGACAACACGGCGGCUGCUUCCUCCUCCUCGUCUUCUUCAGCCAAACCCAAAGUGAAGAGCAGCAGCAGCAUUGCAGGCAUCGCCCUCUGCUGGCAGGGAGUGGUACAGCGCCAGGUGAAGAAGUUUCUGGAGUCGAGUUGCAGCCUGCCGGACUUCGUGGAGCGGUACCGGACUCUGUACCUGCGGCUGAAGAACGCCAUGGAGGAGCUGUUCGGACAGCAGACCGCCUUCGUCCUCGCCCUCCGACACGGCUUCUCCGCUGCCCUGCUGCAGCUCUCCAUCCUCAAAGCCAUGCACGUCAGUGAGCGCUUUGCUCAGUACAUCGAUCAGAUGAUCCAGGCCAGCGGCGCCGUGUCCGGCAGCGUAGAGACUCUGGAGAGACUGCAGCAGUUUCUGGAGCCGAUGCUCUUCCUGUCGGGCCUGGAGCUCGCCAACACCUUCGAGCACUUCUACAGGUACUACCUGGGCGACCGGCUGCUGGCUCAGGGCAACGUGUGGUUAGAAACCGCCGUCAUCGAUCAGAUCGGCAGCUGCUUCCCGAGUCGCUUCCCGCAGCAGAUGUUAAAGAACCUCAGCGAGUCUUCAGAGCUGCAGCAAGAGUUUCAUCUUUAUAGGCUGCAGCAGCUGGACCGCAGCCUGCAGGAGCAGGACCAGAUGAUGGAGGAUGACUGGGUCGAGUCAGACGAGGAAGCGGAGGUCCAGGUUCUGGUUCUGUCUCCGCGCUGCUGGACCGUUUCCUCGCUCUGCUUCCUGGACGAACCCGCAACACAUUUCCCUGCCGAGCUCUGCUCCUACCUGAACCAGUUCACCCAGUUCUACACACACAGUCAGUCCAUGUACGGUCUGAGUCACUCGAAGCCUCGGCGGCUGCAGUGGACGUGGCUCGGUCACGCUGAGCUUCAGUUCGGCUUCUGGACGCUUCACGUCUCCACGCUGCAGAUGUUCAUCCUGCUGCACUUCAACAGCCAGGAGGAGGUGCAGGUUGAAGCUCUGCUGCAGACCAGCCGACUCUCUGCUGCUGUUCUGCUUCACGCUCUGCAGCCGCUCAUCAAAGAAGGAGGACCGCUGAGCUGCAGCCAGCCGGAGGAGCCCAGCCAAGGUACCCUGAGGCUGAACCAGGAGACGGUGUCUCUGAGUCUGGACGGCGUCCCCUCGGCGGUGCAGCUGCUCCCCAGACAGACGUACCUGAACGUAGACGAGGACGCGGCGGGAACGCUGGAGAGGAAGAGGAACUACAUCUACUGUCUGAUCGUCAGCAUCAUGAAGCAGGAGAAGGAGAUGCACAUCGACAACCUCGUCUUCAAGGUUCUGGACUCGUGUCAGAGGCAGGAAGCGUCUCGGUCUCCGGGUUCGGGGCGUUUCAGCUGCAGCAACAGCGACGUUCUGUCCUGCAUCAUGCACGUCAUCAGCAAAGGCUGCGUCCGCCGCAACGAGGACAACCCGCACAUCGUGGAGUUCCUUCCCGAGGACCCGUCCACGCCUCAGAAGGGUCAGGCCCAGUUCUCCUUCAGCCGGGCCGAGAUCAGGAAGGACGCCGCCGACGGCCAGGCCGACAUCAGCCUGGUGCCGGCGCCGCGGGGGUUUGAGGACGGCGUUCUGGACGCGGUUCUGUUCUCGAUGGGACGGACGAUGACGCAGGAGGAAGUUCGCCAGCUGAUGCAGAGGACUGUCCAACAGGUGUCAGGGACUCUGAGUCUGGACCUGGACCGGGCCGAGCACCUGCUGGUCCACUGUAAGUGGAACGUGGACCUGCUGGUUCAGCGCUACACCGACGACCCCGACGCUCUCAUCAUGGCCGCCGGCCUGAAGAGUCGGAACCCUCAGCCGCCGCCGAGCCCGACGUCCACCUGUCCCGUGUGUCUGAGCCCUCGCACCUGCAGCACGGAGCCGGUCCCCUCGCUGAGCUGCAUGCACUACUGCUGCAGGUCCUGUUGGCAGGAGUACCUGACGGCCCGGAUUGAGCAGAACCUGGUGAUGAACUGUGACUGUCCAAUCACAGACUGCCAGGCUCAGCCCACCUCACAGUUCUUCCUCAACAUCCUCACCGACAAGGACACGAUCGCCAAGUAUGAGAACGCCCAGCUGCGAGGUUACGUGGAGUGCUGCUCCAACCUGACGUGGUGCACCAACCCUCAGGGCUGUGACCAGAUCCUGUGUAAGGAGAACAUGGGCAGCAUGGGAACCUGCUCCAAGUGCUGCUGGGCCUCCUGCUUCAGCUGCAACUUCCCCGAGGCACACUACCCGGCCAGCUGCAGCCACAUGUCCCAGUGGAUGGAUGAUGGAGGUUACUAUGAAGGGAUGAGCAUGGAGGCUCAGAGCAAACAUCUGGCCAAACUGAUCUCUAAACGCUGCCCGAGCUGCCAGGCUCAGAUAGAGAAGAACGAAGGCUGCCUGCAUAUGACCUGUGCCAAGUGUAACCACGGUUUCUGCUGGCGGUGUCUGAAACCAUGGAAACCGACUCACAAAGAUUACUACAACUGCUCCGCCAUGGUCAGUAAAGCAGCUCGUCAGGAGAAGAAGUUCCAGGAUUAUAACGAGAGAUGCACCUUCCACCACCAGGCCAAGGACUUCGCCAUCAACCUGGAGAACAAAGUUUCGUCCAUUAAUGAAGCUCUGCAGAUGAAGUCUCUGACCUUCGUCAUCGAUGCCUGUAAGGUGCUGGCUCAGGCUCGUAAGGUCCUGGCCUACUCCUGCGUCUACAGUUACUACAACCAGGAGACGGAGAAGAUGGACGUGAUGGAGCAGCAGACGGAGGCUCUGGACCUGCACACCAACGCUCUGCAGAUCCUGCUGGAGGAGACUCUGCUGCAGUGCACUGAUCUGGCUUCAUGUGUCCGGCUGCUCAAACCUGAACACCUGAACACCGGACUGGAACUGAUCCGACGCAUCCAGGAGCGCCUGCUGGCCAUCCUGCAGCACUCCACCCAGGACUUCAGGGUGGGGUAUCAGUCCAAGAGCAGCCAGGAACCAGAAUCCACUCAGGCCUCCAACCUGUCCAACAACACCGACGCCAACAAAGUGUCCAAGUCGGACCGGGCGUCGGACUCCGGAGACUCGGACAACAACAACAACACCGGAGAGGAAGGCGGCGAGGAGGCGGAGGACGAGGACGACGAGUACGACGAAGAGUACGUCCCCGAGUGGCACGAAGACUACGACGAAGACGACAUCGACGAGGACGACUUCUUCUCUGACGACGACGAGUCCGAGAACCUGGAGAGGGACUUCAGCCCGUUCGACUGAGCCGGGCGCAGAAUCAGAACCCUGGGUAGCGAGGACUGAGAGGACAUGUGGGCCCGCCGCGGCCCCGCCUCCUCACAACCAUCCGACGCCACCGAGGAACGUCAGGAAGGAUGGGAGACGAUCAGAGGGACGUCCUCCUCCGCCUGAACCCCCCAAACCCCCCAAACACUGCUGCACUUGCUUUUCCACUUCCUGCAUCUUACCUUCUGUGUUUUUAUAAAGUACGGCAGACGGCGAGGGACAAACCAGCUCUGAGAGAAAAGUCAGAAUCAGGAAAUCUAAAUUUAAUCUGAACUUUAUUUCAAAAGAUAAAAAACAAAGAAAGUCGUGAAGAAGACUUUUAGUUUUUUAACCAGUUUGAGUCCAGUUUGAAACCUGUAUAACCAUUUAAACACAAGUCUUAAAUCACUUUAAGACCAGUUCAGUCUUUAACCAGUUAAAACCCAGCUUGAAACCAGUCUAAACUGGUAUUAACCUUGUUUCCUUAAUCUGUCUGGAAUGGGUUUAAGACCAGUCCAAAACCAGUGUGACCAGUCUCACACUCUAAAACUUAAACCACUUCAAACACAGUUUAAACCCAGAAUACAACUGGUUUACACACCAGUCUAAAAAAUGUUUAAACACAAAACAAAAACAACCUCUAAACAGGUCUACAAACCAUUUAAACCCAGUCUACAAACCAUUUAAGACCAGUUUAAACCCAGUCUAAAAUCAUUUCAAAACCAGUUCAGUCUUAAACCAGUCAAAACCCAGUUGGAAACCAGUCAGAAAACUGUCUGAAACCAGUUUAACCAGUCUCCAACCAGUUUGAAUUCAGCCUUAAAUGGGAAACAUUUGUUAUAAGUCUCAGAACUUUUAUUUUGGAAGGUUUCAGACUCAAACUUCCUGUUUUCAGAUCCUGACUUUAACCUCAGAUCUGGUUUUUCCUCCUAAAGCUCGGCUCAGUCCUGGUUUCGGGUUCUGGUCUCGAGGCUCGGCCCGGGUUUCGGGUCUCGUGGUUUUUUGGUGUUUCUCGUCUGUCCGACAGCGAUGAUGAUGAUGAUGACGAUGAAGAAGAUGAAGGGUGUUUGUUUCUUUCAGAGGAAGUUUGUUAGUUUAAACGUUUCACUGAACAAAAAGUUUGUUUCUGCUGCUUUUUUUUUUCUUUUUUUUUUUUGGGGAGACGGAAAAAAAAGAAAACUUUAUUAAAAAAAAAAGGGAUAAAUAUUGAAUCUGGAGUCAGAGACUGUUGGUCCCUCCUCUCACUCUUCUUCUGUUUGUUUUAUCUUUGUUCCUUUCAUCACACGUUCUGCCUUGAUUCUCUGUAAAGAUGGAGGUUGCCUUGGUUAGAGAGUAGCAGCACUUCCUCUGUAACCGUCACAUUUAGAUUUAAUCAAUAAAGUUUGGUUGUUUUUUUGUUUUUUACGUGUUAUUAUAUAAGAGUCGGAUGUUUUCUCUGCAUCUGAAGAGACGAAUCAAACCUGCACAGAGUGUCUGUCUGAGGUGGAAUCAGCCUCUCUGAAGUAUCACUGCAAUAACUGAUCGAUCGUUUCUCGUGUUCUGUUUCCUGUCUUUAAAAGAUGAGGUUGAGCUUUUCUUUCUGUUUGUUUUGCUGUCGAGACAUCGGCGUUGUGCAGGAGCGGAGGGAAGCCUGAUGUUCCGGCUCCCUCCUGGUUCUGCUGUAAUUUUGAGAGAUCCUAUAUUCAUAUUAAUGUUCUAUAUAUAAUGUUCUUUCUGGUUUCUUUGUUGGAGUCGAGCGACUUCAACCAGCAAACUAAAUAAAAGCUUUUUCUGCUACGCUG